AUGCCCAUCUUCACCUUUACAUAUGGCUCUUUCGGAGAUAUUUCUCAGUGCAUCCAGCUGCUCUGGAAAAUCGGCAAGGAGCUCCACGACACGACGGGCUCGUCCAGCGAGUACCAGGCACUCAAAGGCGAGCUCGUUCAGACAGUACAAAUCUUGAAUGGGAUACAACUGCUCAAGACAGGACCCCAAACCUCGCAGGAGACCCAAGGCCAUCUAGCCAUCCUUCUUGCGCAGGCCGCGGACUGUCACAAAGCCAUCGUCACCUUUCUCAAUAGAAGGAAGAAGCCCAAAGGUCUUUGGCAGAUAGCAUCAUGGCACACUUUGGGCACUACUGAGGCAAAGGAGCUACAAGAGCUUCUGUCCCGGGGAUGCCCGGCUAACAAUGCUCCUUGA